GGAAGAAAAUAGAUUUUGUAUUUCUAGUUCUAUUAACCAUUUUAGUAGUAUUGAAAUUGUAUUUUCCCUUCUCUAUUUAUGAUUUAUAUAUCACAUUCAAUUUACUUUUUCAACUCUUAUAUGGUUGAAUGACAUGAGAUAUUUCAAGUAUACGGUAAUCCUCUAUCUUUGGAAUUUUUUCUUCAAUCUUAAUUGUAAAGCCUUGACGUGUGACGAUAUUAACUGUGAAAGAAUAUGGGGACAAUGGUCUGCUUGUUCAAAGUUGUGUGGUAAGACAAAUAGAACUGAAAUAUAUAAAAAUCAUCAAUUAUCUUUGAAUUGCCCCAAAAUUGAAAAAUGUGCAAAAGAGGAGAGUGAAUACUGCAAUUGCAGAUCAGAUUGUGAAAAUGGUUUUUUCGGUUGUUGCUGCGAUAUAGAUAUUGACGAAUGCAAAGCAAUUCCCAGUCCUUGCUCUCAAAGAUGCGUCAAUACGAGAGGAUCAUAUAGGUGCGAAUGUUAUGAUGGAUUCAUCUUAGAUGACAGUGGAAGAAAGUGUAUAGAUCAUGAUGAAUGUAAUACGAAUAACGGAGGAUGCAAGGAUGUAUGCCAAAACAGUUUAGGAUCAUAUUCCUGUUCCUGUCGGAGUGGUUAUAAUAUAGGUAAUGAUGGAAUUUCUUGUAUAGUUAACGAUUUCUGUUCCUCGAAUAAAAGAAAAUGUUCUCAAAUAUGUAUAAAUACACAGACAAGUUCGAAGUGUUCAUGUUAUCCUGGAUAUAAAUUAGACAAUGAUGGCAUUACGUGUUCAGAUAUUGACGAAUGUGAAGAGAACGAACACAAUUGUUCUCAAUUGUGUUAUAAUACGCAAGGAUCUUUUAUAUGUUCUUGUAAAGUUGGAUAUCGUCUAAAAUUUAAUACAAAAUGUUUAGAUAUAAACGAAUGUGCAGAAAAUGAUCAUAGCUGUUCGCAUAUAUGUAAUAAUUCUCCGGGAUCUUUUAGCUGUAGUUGCCCUUUCGGUUAUAGAUUAGACGGCGAUAAAGUCAACUGCGAAGAUGUUAAUGAGUGCCGAACUAAUGUUUGUGAUCAUGUUUGUGAAAAUACCGAAGGAUCUUAUAACUGUCACUGUAAAGAUGGUUACAAAUUUAAUAAAACUAGCCAAUUAUGCGAAGAUAUUGAUGAAUGUUCAACAGAAGGACAAAAAUGUGAACAUUCUUGUGAAAAUACUCCAGGACAUUUUAAUUGUUUAUGCUCAUUUGGCUUUGAAAUAGACCAUAAUAAAUACGAUUGUAAACUAAAUUUAACAAUAAAAAUCAUCAUUGGUGCAUGUGGUUUCGUUGUUCUAAGCGUGACACUAAUAUUGAUAGCAUGUUGUAUCUACUGCAAGACAAGAAGAGAUACGAGUUAUAAGAAAACAAGAAAACGCAUAAAGAAUGUUUUAAAAAAGACAUCUGAUUAUAAAGAAGAUAUAAAGCGACAGAAAUAUAUGGGAUCUCAUAUACCAGCAACAUUUAGGGAAACCAAUCAAAGUACUAAUUUGCAAGUAAUAAAUAUAGAAGGAACCAAUAAUUCAUCCUCAUCCGACUACGUAAAUGAAUGUUUUUCAGAAUUUUAG